GACUACAGGCCAUGAUUUUUGGGCUUGUUGUAACAUCCAAGGACUAAAUAAAUUGCAAACAAACUUUUCUAUAGAAAAAUGAUGACAAUGCUGUCGACGAAUUUCAAGCAUGUUUUUAAGUGUUAUGGGGGCGUAAUUAAAUCCCCCUUUGAGGACGAACUUUUUUAGUUUUAUGCACGAGUUUUCAAAAAAAAGGACUCAGUUUAGUUGUUUCGAAACAGGUUUUAUAGAACUCGUGUAUAUUCUUGUUGUUUCAUCAGGACUGUUUGUCUCUUUUAACAAAAGUCCAAAAUAAAUUAGGGUUUAUUUGUAAACAAAAGAGAAAAAAAAAUUUCCAAAGCAAAUUGAAAGAAAAGUUAUUCAUUCACGGUUAAUCUUAUCAAUCGACAAAUAGAGAAAAAAAAAAUACAGAAGAAAGGACUUCUUUUAUAUUUGAAGUGCACAAAUUUUUUUCACAAGAUUUACUUUCCUCUGUAGAUAUAUAGAAUAUGGACGAUUUUUAAUCUUUUCAAAAAAAAAAUGUUAAUUGGUUUUUGAAAAAAAUUUUAAUUCAAACAUCUUAUCAGUAUAUGAUAUAGCUAUUCGAAGAUAACAAUGGACUUGACAAAAACUUCGUUUCAAAUGUUCCACAAAAGUUUUAUUCCUGAGAAACUAAAAUCCAGUAAUAUUUUGUGUCUGGACUUAUUGAUCGGGAGAGAAACUAUUAAGUUUGAAUAUAGUGUUUUCAAUUCGAAUGUAGUAUCAACUCUUAACUUGAUGGAUAUGUAUAGAACAUUAGAAAAUAAUUCGCGACUUCAUAAAUGUUGUAAGAUGAGAAAUUUAAAACAUUGGCUGUUGACAAAAGAACCUGAUUAAUUUAGAGAAAACGAGGAACAAAGCGGAUGACAUCAAUGAAAUAAUUGUUUCUGAAUUUUUCAAAGUACCUGACAAUUUCAAAUUUCAUAAAAUGGAUAGUACAGAAAAUGAUAAUCAAAAUUUAAGCGGUGGAGAAAAUGAUAUGGGUGAUGAAUUGAAAAUUGCUGCCGAUGAAACAUACGAUACACGCAGCGAAGUUUCUUCAAGUAGUUCAGAUUCGGAUUCUAGUCAACCUAGUAUCAGUUCUGUAUCGACAAAAUCGUCAAGAGGUGAUAAUAAACGAAAUAGAAAGAGUAAGGGAAAACGUGCGAGAUCGAGAGAUUUAAAAUCCUCGAGUCCCGAAGCGAAACGCGCCAGAUCCAAAGAGAGCAAGAGUGGAUCGACGAAAAAUUACGAUUAUUCGACAAAAUUAAAUUAUCUCUUUAGAGACACGAGAUUUUUUAUCAUCAAAUCCAAUAAUGCAGAGAAUAUAACGCUUUCAAAAGCGAAGGGCGUUUGGAGCACGUUACCACAAAAUGAAGCGAACUUAAAUCAAGCUUACAGAGAAUCUCGGAAUGUAAUUCUUAUUUUUUCGGUUAAGGAAUCGGGAAAAUUUGCUGGUUUCGCAAGAUUGAGCACUGAAUCCAAAAGAGAUGGGGCUCCAAUAUCUUGGGUUCUCCCUCCAGGAUUGUCGGCAAAAGCACUGGGUGGCGUGUUUAAAGUUGAUUGGAUAUGCAGAAAAGAAUUGCCGUUUACUUCCACUUUGCACCUCUACAAUCCUUGGAAUGAUGGUAAACAGGUGAAAAUUGGAAGAGAUGGUCAAGAAAUUGAGCCUCGAGUUGCCGAGGAAUUAUGCAGAUUAUUUCCCGAAGACGAUGGAAUUGAAAUGACGCCGAUUUUAAGAAAAUCCAAGGAGGCGGGAAAACAUGUUUCAAAAUCCUCGAGAAGUUAUCGAGACAGAAUUGGAAAUGGCGGCGGCGGUGGUGGUGGUGGUUCUAGAUUUCUACGAUCUCGUGGAAGAGGUCGUCGAUUGUUUCUCACGUCUAGAUCGAGAUUGGCGUCACUCGCACGAGCUGGACAUUUGCCUGAUCACAGAAGUUCCAGGGAUCAUCAUCGUUAUCAAUCGUGGUUCGGAAGGAGUGAUUCUCCUUAUUCAAAAAUGUAUGGAUCAGCCGGAAUGGGAGUUGCAGCGGCUGCCGAAGCAUAUGUAGCAGAUUAUAUGCGAACAAUGCAGCAUCAAUUGCCACCACUUCCGCCGUAUGUUACACCUCAUCCUUACGAUUCACUUCCUCCACCACCGCCUCCUCCACGUUACUACGAUGGUCUUCCAUUACCACCGGACUAUACAGCGGCAAGUUCAGCUUUAGAAAAAAGAAGCUACGAGCGGAGUGUCGAUGAAUUUUUGUGGCGAACAACAGGACGUCACAGUCGACACAGUGAUCAUCGUUCAUCGCGUGAUCAUCAUCAUCGUUAUCGUGACAGAAGAUAAAGGUUAUUCGCAUAAUAAUUGUGUUUCACUUUUUUUCAGUACUAUUUACUGUGUCCACCGCGCAAUCUGUGAGAAUAUUAUCAAUUUCGAUAAAAAGAAAAAACGACUUUUAUACGUGAUAGACAAAGGAAUCUGUAAUCUUGUAAUUGUUGAUAGAAAUUUUCAUUUUUCUAAUAUUAGUAUAUCCGAUCUCGUGAUUUUAUGGGUUGAAAAUUCCAUAAAGCAACUCUCAGCACUUUAAUAAUAAAAAAAGAAAUACAUGCGUAAGUUUAGUAAUAUUAAAAAGAAAAUAAUGAAAAAAAAAAGAAACUUUAUACUGCUUUUGUUUGCAGAUAUGUUUAUUGUAAGAAAAUGAAAAUAUUUCAAUGUGAUGUCGUGUUAAAGACGAAAGAUCACUCAUACUGUAUUAACAUUUUCUAUUUUGCAACUGGGAUUUUUUUUUCACUAAAGUAUGAAUUUUUUUUUUAUCAAUUGUUUAUAAAUUUAAUUAAAUUAUGUAUAAGAAUAAUUUAAAAGGAACAUGAAAUUCAUCUGUAUCUUAAAAUUUGGAAAAUGUAUACCUACGUUAGGGAUCUUUUAUCUCUACAUGAAUUAGUAAUUGUUGUACUAAUAAAUUAUUUGAAAAGGAAA